ACGUGUUCUUUCCUUCUUUUCCUUACAGAGAGGGAGGAUUCUUCUAACGACCUCCAAGACUACUCGUACACUUUGUCUAGCCUCUGCAAGCGAUUUUCUACACUCCUCGUCUGAAUGCCAGCGUUUGCAGAAAUGUUAGUUUCACAAAGUCCUCCCGUGUACAACCACCCACUGUCCACGGACUACAAGCCUGGCGGUGGGUCACCAGGUUCGGGUGGUGGUAAUGAUGGUGGUUACUACUGCCGACCAGCUUCACUGCAACUGACCCAAACACAGACAAACGGGGGACCUCCGCCGUUCCAACGGCAGCUUACACCGCCCUGCCUCAGUCCUACCGGUGGCAAGUUGCCAAUGUCACCCCGUCGCUCCUGUCUGGUGAUACGACCUGAUGACGCCACCACGCCGGAAGAGUCCGAACCACCACAGACGGCAAUGAAAAUGAUGGCAGUGACAGAGGACGACACGGUUUCGGCAAUGUCUGCGGGACGCAACAAGAAGAAGGUUGUGUUUGCGGACGAUCACGGUGGACAGCUGACGCAGGUGCGCGUGAUGCGCGAACCCUCCUACAUGCCACCGAUCUGGAGUCUGCAGUUUUUGGCCCACGUGACACAGGGCAUGAUUAGUCCAGUACCGCAGGAACAGUGGGUCGUCGAUUUUGUACAGCCAGCCAGCGACUAUGUGCGUUUCCGGCAAAAACUGGACGACCGAAACGUAUCGCUCGAGAACGUGAUCAUUAAAGAGACGGAGCAGCUAAUCGUGGGUACGGUGAAGGUGAAAAAUCUAUCCUACCACAAAGAGGUCAUCAUCCGUUCGUCCUGUGAUAGUUGGAAAACGCAUGAAGACACUUUCUGUACCUAUAGCGUGGUUGGCAAUGGGACCGCUUCGGCUUAUCUAAUAUUUGACACCUUCUCCUUCAAGCUAACUCUUCCUCCUAAGUCCAGACGGAUUGAGUUUUGUGCCGCUUUCAAGUGCGAUGGUGUCGAGUUCUGGGACAAUAAUGAUGGUCGUAAUUACUCUCUCACCAACCGUAUCGCUCCCAGAGAGAACUCUGGUGCGUUCCUAUCGUCAUCUUCCGCCAGUGCCUUCAACAGUUCCAAUCCCGGCCGCAAUGGUAUGUCUAUGGCAUCCGAAAGCUUCUCGUCGCCGUACGUGGAUCCUGGCGCGGUACUCGAUACAUGGAGCGAUAUGAGCUUGGAAUCGCAAUCGGGCCCUUACUGCAGCACGUUUGACUGUUCGCUGAACCGUUGCACCAAUAAUCGUAACCACGUGGCACAGGAUGCUGUCGGUGUGCAUCCACAGAUGAAGCCGAUCAGCAUGAGCCUGGCGUAUCCGGAAGGCACGGAAAUGUCGCAGUGUCCGAAGGUGACGUCCGGUGGAGAACGACGGGCUAGUACGGGGGAGUUUGCUGUGAAGAAAAGCUGCAACCAUUCUGCCGGUUCCAAACCGAUCACCCCGCUUGGACGCAGCGCAAGCAACGGCAAACUGUUUUACAUUCGCGAACGGCACGAAGGUGAAGAUCUGCUCGCUAAUUUGCUUCGUUUGCGUAAGCUGAUGAUGGGUGCGAUCUCGAAUGAUGUCGUUACAAAUUAAAGAUCGCACAUAUUACAAAGCUAAUAUGCGGGAAGCAUUCGUAGAAACUCGAUCACCAGAUAUUUAACGAUAUCGUUCGUGAUCGUUAUGUCAGGAUGUUUGAUCACGAGGCAGUUUGACAAGUGUCCAAUGGGGAGAUUGGGACAUGAAUUUUCUGUAAAAUUGCAGCAUUAGCUUCAUUCCUAAAUAACCAUUUGUAUAUAAUUGAUCAAGAGAGUCCCUCUCAAAACAAUAACGAUUGAAUGAAUGAUGGUUGAUGUGUCACACUUACUGAAGAAUACUCAAAAUAGACUCAACUGUAAAGGAUCCCGAUAACGGAUCCCGAAGAACCGAUAAACGCCACGGAAUCGAUGCAAUAGAGUACAGGACCAUAGCACAACUGAUCAGCCGACAGAUACGUCGAUAGCGUUGAGAUAAGGAAGCACGUGUAAGGAAUGGAAAAGGAUAUUGCAAGAGUGAUAGUACGUUUGUAAGAGAGCGCGUGAUAAGGAGCCGGUGACCGGACGAGAUUUAUCGAAUACUGUUGGAAGGGUAGAGAUGCGUCCGGAGGUGAAAAAGAACGGAUGAUAACAAGUACUAGUAAUUUAAUAUUCAUAUUUACAUACGGAAACUAAAAGACUGAUCGUGUCCACAAAGUAAAUUUAAUCUGGAACAAUGUGUGUUAAAAUUGCGAAACGAACCAAGAAAAGGGCGCCCGUCGAUCGCAGAACGUAGAAUGUCGAAGGGAGUCAGCAGUGCCGAAGUUGGGCCAUAGAUGGAAAAAGGCAAUUACAGAAUGAAAUUAAAACAAUUCGAUACGAUAUAUGUACGACAUGUGUACCUUAUGCGAAGCACAAUAUGGGAAGCAUCCGUGGAGGAAGAACUAAGAGAACAGAGAACUUAAUGCAAGUUUUCAACACGGUGUAACAUACACACCAGAGUGGACCUAGUGAAAAGCUGUUUAGUGGCUUCGUUAAUUUAUGCACGAUUUCUUCUACAUCUAUUUGCAACAUCACUACACCCCCAUGGGCAUACAGUGCACCGUGACGCUUUACCUUUUCGUCGCAAAUGCUGAUAGGAAGGGUUGUUUGUUUUUUAAAGUUAAUUAAGUUAAUAUAUUUUCUACACGUCGCACCGGUUGAGUGUGUAGUCGUAGCUUGUAGAUUAUAACGUGAACAAAGUGAUUGUAGAAUAACCAAUUUUCUUUGUAAGGAGGGUAACAUGUUGUUAGCAGGAGGAGAAAAUAGAAAUCCCUGUUCCAGUUGAAGGAAAGAUCAAAGACAAUCGUUAUCUUAAAGAGUGAUUUCUGAGUCAAAUUAAUCAAUAACGGCACACUUUCUAACGAUGGCAAUAGCUGCAGGGUAUGUUUUAUUGAUAGACAUUGCGUUGCUGAUCCGGACCACAUGUCGUUAGCUUGUUUCAAAUUGUAUACCCAUUACUCUUAAGCUCAACUUGUCGCUACUUUGCCUUAGAAUAUAAACUGUGCUUUAUUAGAACUGUAUCGAACCAUUAUGAAUCCUAUGAUCCGACGAGAGACAAAUUGUAAGCAGAUCGUGCAAGAUCUGAUUGCAGCGAGCACUAGUAGCUCUACCUUGGAUAUAGAUUAGGUAUACUUCGCAAACAGCUAGUGUGCGAGAAGAUUGUACAUAUAUUGUGAGACACGAUCCCGUGAUCGAAGGAUGUGUUAUUUGAUCGUACAUAAUACGUCAGCAGCUUAUAAGCAAAUGAAACAAUAGUUAGUAGAUCGCAUAGAUUAUGGUACAUUGCUAACCUAUAUUUUGCCUGGACAGAUCAAUCUGGUCGCAAAUAAACUGAACAAUAAGUAAAUUUGAUUCUUAA